UUCCUUUUUUUUUUUUUUUUUUCCCCACUGUUUUAAGGCAAAGCUUUUGCUGUUCCCGUGGGAGGACACACCACACCCCCGCGCUGUGCCGGUCCCCACGCUCCGUGCCGGGAGGGGGGGACCGCCCCUCCCGCCCCCCGGGAGGCCCCGCAUCCCCCCCCCCCCCCCCCCUUCCCGCCGCACCGGCCCAUCGCCAUGGCGACAGUGACCUCACGCGGGGACGGGCGAGUGGACCGGUCGCGUAGCAACCGUCCCAGUGACAUCAGAAGCCCGACCCGGUUCCCACGGCAACCCACGGGGCUGGGAGGGAGGCGGGGGCCGUUCGCGGGGGGACCCCAGAUUGGGGGCGGGGGGGGGGGGCCGGGGCAGCGGCGGGAUCCCCCCCCGCAGCCGCCGCCUCCCCAGGAGCCCCCGAGCCCCGCGGGAAAAGGGUUAACGCACAUAAAUCAGCAUAUUUUAGUGACGUCAGCCACCGGGCCCCGCUGCAGCCAACCGCAGGGGGGUGGGAGAAGGAGAAGAGCCCCGGCCGGCCCUCACAGGGGCUUGAGGGGGGUAAAAAGGGGCAGUGCAUCCUCCCUCCCCACCCCAAAAACCCCCCGACCUUACCUGGGCAGAGGGCACUAACCCGGACACGGCUCCCCCCGCCCUGCUGGGGAGGGGGGCAGGGGGUGGGUUUGACACACCGUGGGGGACAUGGUGGCCCUUGGAGGAGAAGCACGGAAAGGUUUAAGCUGGGUGGUCCUCAGGGUGCGGGCGGGUGGGAGCAUGUCCUGGAUGAACCAUCUGCCGUGAAGAUGCUUCCUGCUCCCCACACCCCUUCCCAGCAAACACGUGCCACCCUUCACCCCCUGUAAGGUGCAGCCUCCUCCCACCCUAAUGUGGGCACCCCCUCCCCUGGCCAACACCUUCCCAGGCCCCACGCACCCCCUCCUGUGGUUCCGAGCCCUGGAUGUCCCUCCAGCCUCAAGCGAGGCCAGGGAAAAAAGCAGCUUUUACAGACCCUGGAUAAACCUCUCACCCUCUCUCACCAGUCCCCAAACUGGGAUGGUAAAGCUACCCUCAUAGAGGCGACUGGUGUCACUGGAGGCCUUUGCAGAAAUUAAUCCCCAGUAUCACUGGCGUCCCCAGUGGGAUUAACCACUAGAUAGCACUCUUGCUUUAGACACGGGCAGGCGAAGGAGCUGGCAGGUAUUUGGCAGCAGGGAGAGGGGAUGCUGGAGGCAGCCUGUUCACCCAGGCGCUACCCACCACGCAAGAUGUAAUCCCAAACAGGGUGCGCUGCAGCGGCUGGGAGAGAGCCAGCUCCUCCGGCCCCACUGCCAGCCAAAAAUAACCCCGGCGGGGUGACUUUCAGCAGGGAAGAGAUCUGCACGGCUGUAGGGGCAGGGUGCUGCGCGCUGAGACACAGCCACCUCCGGGGCGGUGACUGCUCAUCCCUUGGGACGAAAGCAGAAUGGAUCUGGGGAUGCUUUUAGUGGAGAGAGGGCUAGAUGUCCAUUUUACAGCUUGCCUGGACACAGUCCUCUCAGUGGAAUAACCACCUCUGCCUAGGACAGCCAGCUCCACAGAACACCUACAUCCUAGCCGCUCACUGGGAGAGGCUGGGAUUCAUCCCCAUGACCCAAUGCACGCUGCAAAUUCCCCUCGUGCAUUUAUUUCCCUCUCGGUCGCUGUGACUCACGCUCUCCAACCGUCUGUUUACAGGCUGUUUUCCCAAGGUCCCUGUGGAGGCAAUGACCAGUUGGGAGGAACUGAGCUGCUGGCCCAGUAACUUGAGGGAAAGCCCCCGGAGGUCUGGGAGUGGGAGGGAAGGGGCAGGAGGUGGAUGCCUGAAUGCUGGGACCUCUCCAAAGGGAUGGAGGUCACUGCGUAUCCCACAGACCAGCUACACUCACAGACUGGCUACACCCAGGAGCUCGGGGCGAUGCGAGAGCUGGUGCUGCCAACCUGCCUGGCAUUGCUCUGGCAUUGCUCUGGCAUUGCUCUGGCAUUGCUCUGGCAUUGCUCUGGCAGCCGGGUGCCUGCGGGGCAGAGGUGGGUACCACCCACACGGCUCCAACUCCAAAAGGUCAAGAGUCACCAGUCUGGCAAUGGUGUCCACACUGCUUCCCUUUAUCUCCCAUCAGUGGGUGUCUGGCGUUGGGACAUCACCAUGCCUGGUGUUGACCUUUGGGCCAGGGAUGGGGGAGAAGGACCUUGACAAGGUCACAAAGGGAUGGAGGGCUGAUGGCCAGGGAAGGGCAGGAGGUUGGAGGGAGCCCCAGGGGCUGGCAGGUCGCCCUUGAAAUAGCCCCAGAGGGAGGUUCCCCCUGCGUGCAUCCCAGCCGUGCAUCCCAGCCCUGCCUCCCUGGGGAUGCUGAGGCGCUUGGGAGGGGGAGCGGCGGUGGGGGGGAGGCUGUGCUUUGUGGUUUCACGGUGCAUCUGUGCCCUUUGAAUCCCCAUGUGAAUGUGGAGGUGGUAAAAUGUCACCAGCUGGGCCGCGGGGAAGGGGGCUGCGUGCGUAAAACCCCAACAAAGGGCAGCCAUUGUCUGCAGAGAGGCAGCGGGGGGCCAGCAGGGAAGCCCACUGCAUGCCCCCCGGCCCCCCCGGCCCCCGCCACCCCACAGCUCAGGUGCCCGAUGAAAAGGCAGCUUUAUCCCCUCUUCAAGCCUGCCGUGGGAGGCGAUGCAGAUCCCUGGUGUCUCGGGGCACAGCCCAAACACACUCCCCCAGGAUGAAGGGGGACAUGGACAGGAGCACAGUGUGCCCCAAGCUCCCGACCCCACUCCGGGCUGCUGGGACUGUUCUCCCCCAUCCAGACCCCCAUUCCCACAUCCUGGCAAGCCUGGCCCACGUGGGCAGACAGGACAAUCCCGCUCCGGCUAGAGAAGCAGCCCGGCCCCCCGCCCAGCUCCUCCAUUUCAGGGCCUUUUAUGGCCAUCAGCUCUGGCAGGGUGGCAGCCAGGGUGGUUUCCCAGCCUGCCAGGUCCCUGCCAGGCAGGGGGAAGGGACACUGAUGGGGUCACCUGGGGAUGCUGGCUCAUUCUCCACAAUCCCAGACAUCGGGUCCUGCUGUGGAACAGCAGCAUUUUGGGGGCACUGCGUCUGGUACACUGCCAAAUUUACUUUGUGCCUGCUGCUGUGCACUGAGAUGGACCAAGGGAUACUCCCAAAUAUUUGGCAAGGGUGUUGUGAACUCCACAGGGUCCUGAGUGGAUGAAUUGUGGCGUAAAAAUCCCUCCCCCCCCCCGCCAUGGAGCCGGGAUGAACAGCCCAGCCCGACUUUGGGGCGAGAUGCUGGGGAGCUGGUAGGCACCAGCUAUGGGGUGGGUCGAGGAGGGUGAGAGCCAUCCCAAGCCCAUGCCUCCAUCCUCACGCUGAUGAGCUCCCGUGCUCCACCCGGGAGCCGGCUGCAGGCAGGCAGGGGCAAAGCAGUCCCCCAGCCCUGGGAUGAAAGGUGUUGCCACAAAUACCGCCCGUCAUUUCCUCCUCCACGGCGGGAGCUAUGGAACAGGUUCUUCAGCAAGCCCCUGGCACAGCGACAGGACGGGGAGAGGCCAGGAAAGGUGCCAGCCGAGACUUGGCACUGCCGUCCAGAGCCACCCCACACGCUGCCGGGAGCGGCAUCCCGGACCCUGGCAGUGUCAGCGGGAAGCUGAGCUGGAUGGGUGCUGGAGGAUGCUGUGUGGGCCACCACCUCAGCCAAAAACCCCUGGGAGACAGCGGUAGGGGAAAACAUGGAUUUAGUGUGUUCACAGGGUCGGGACCCAAAUCUACCCUCCAGCUCCUGCCAAGGUGCAGGGACAGAAAUGUCCACAGCAGUUGAGCAAGCUGGCCUGGGCUGCACAGCUGCAUCCUGCCCCGCCGGGUUUGGCAUUAGAUCCCCCAUUCCAGCUGCAAACCAGGGUCCCAAAUGGAGUCCCCAUCCCUGUUCCUGGGCUGGGGGCUGCUAGGGGUGGGGGGCAGAUGUGCCAGCAGCUCCACAGCACAUGUAUCCCAGUGUGAGCCCAAGUGUGGGAGUUUAUGGGGCUUUGACGCAGGAGACGUGUGAUGGGAGAAUUGUUGCCAGGCUCGGGGAGGGAUCCAAUCGCACCGGGGUGCUCGGCAGAUUAAGGAUUGGAAAGCUCUGGUAAUUACUUUGCAGGAUAAAAAUAGGCCUGGCUUUAUCCCUUGCCCUGAUCUCCCACUCCCGCCUCGCCCUGCCCCACUCCUCCCCCCCACCCAAAGGCGCGCAGAUACCACCCACCCAGCGAGUGUGGUAGGAGGGUGGAAAACAUCCGUCGGUCUGCUGCCACCAUUUCUAGGGUGGAGGGGUUAAAAAGGAGGGAGAAAGAGUCCGGGAUAGGGUGGGGAUGGCAGCAGAGUGACGGCAUCUGGCUGGCACGUGCAAACCGUGCGGAUCGGGGGGGGGGGGGGGGAGAGGAGCUGGGGCACGCACAGGGGCAACCCCACAUACUGUGGGGCAUCGUGCCAGGGGAGGGAAGAGCCUGGAGACAUCAGCAGAGCAGAUGUCUGGUCAGGAGAGGACCAAGUCUGUAGGACCAUGACACAAAGAGGAAGCAUGGCUCUGGCUCUGGCCAUCUCCAUGUGCUGGUGGCUCUGGGAGGACCCAAGAGACGGCUGCUCCAGACACAGAGCGUGGAGUGGCAUGGAUCAACUUAGGGCAGUUCCCAGACCUCCCAUUUCCCUUUGCUGGGGCCUGGGGACACGUGGUGGUUGGAGCCACAGUGACAAAAGCAUGCGGCAAACACUCCUAGACAUGUAGUCCAGCCUGUCUUCUCACCUUCUCCCGCAGGCUGCAAUAGCUCUGGCCAAUCUGUCCCUCGCGGCAAAGCCAAAACGUGGCCUCUCCCCUUGUCCUCAUCCUUGCACCAUGCCAUCCUCCUUUGCCAGAGCCGGCCUGAUUCAGGCCAAAGGAAAAAAGCUGCUCCCUGCACCCUCGCUGCGAGGCCUCUGCAGCACCCAGCACGCAGGCAGCAGAGCACGCCGGGACGUGUAGUCUGGCAGCCAGCCCCAGCGCCUCGCAUGCAACCCAUUUAACACCACGGGCUCCCACCCACCCACCCACCCCGGCCCCACGGGGGAAACGGCUCAGCUGCACCCAGAGGCCUCGGGGGGGGGGGGGGGUUGGGGGGUUGGGGGGUGUGUGCGGGGCGGCAGCUGCCAGCCCCGUUCCAGGCCGUGCAAACCUCGGGCUAGUGGAGCAGCACUAUAAAUAUCUCCUUCUGCGAGACUCGGUCACGCAGCCGAGAUCACGUAAGGGGAAGCACUGCCCUAAUGCAGGUCCUCCGCAGCCUCGGUGCCUGCGCAGCACAGCCCCUGCUCCCCCCCGAGUCCCCCCAUCUCCAGGUUCACGGCGAGGGCACUGGGGUGCAGAGCGGGAGAGCCGGCCGGCAGAGCGGCGGGCGGAUUGUGCGAGCAAGCACAGGCGGCAUGUCUGCUGCCAGUACAGAGAGGGGGCGAUGCCAGCCUCACAAAGCCCCCCAUCUGCCCUCCCAGCCACCCUUUUUCCCCAUUGUCACCCCCCCCACCUUCCUUUACAAGCACAACCCCCCUAAACCCACCUCGUACAGAGCCGCAAAGCCCGUGCAUGGCACCCCCCAUGCCAACACACACGUUCACCCCUCCCUGCUGCACUCCGGGCAUUCUGCACCCCCUAAUCCAUGUGCAAAUCCUGCAGCCCCUCCUGUACUCUAAAACUGCGGUAGGAUGGCUAUGGGCGGGGGGCGGGCAAAGUCCCCUCACCCCCACCCAUCGAGAUGGCCGCAACCCUUCUCUCCUGCAGAGCCCCCAGAUCCGAGCAGACCCCCCAGACCGGGGGCGGGGGGGAUGCUGCGGGCAGGGUGCCCUGAUAGCCCCCAGCCCUUGCACGACACACUGUCACCCCCAGCCCGGUUUGCAGCCGAACCACCCACCCCUCCUGCCGGUAUUUUUCCACACACACACCGCCCCCCCCAUCCGCCCCCCCCCGGUCCUUUGUUCUUUACAAAUCCCGGAUCCGGCCCCCACCCGGCAAGGGGGUUGCAUGCACCCCCUGCCCCCCCGGGGAUUCAACCCCCCCGCCAGUUCCCCCGAUGUUGCCCCGUUGCCCUCGGUGGGGGCGCGGGUGGGGGAUGCCGGGGGAGAGGGGAGCUGAGCCCCGGCCCGGCCACCCCCGUCCGCUUGCCUGGCUGCGGCCGCUGCUUCUUUCGCCUCUGCCCUGCGCCGGGGCACCGGAGCCUCCCAGGGGUACCGGACCGCCCAGGGGUACCGGAGCCUCCCAGGGGUACCGGAGCCGCCCAGAGGUACCGGAGCCUCCCAGGGGUACCGGAGCCGCCCAGGGGUACCGGAGCCGCCGGAGCCCACCGGGUACCGACCCACCGCGGUGCCAGUGCCGGGGCUGCCGGAGCCGGUCUCGGUGCCGCCGCUCUCCGCUCCUCCCCGCCCUGCGCCGCUGCCUCCCGCUCCCCCGGGCCGCCACCGCGGGGCCCGGCCGGGGGGGCUGCGUGCUCCCCGCCCCGCUGCCGGGGGGAACGGGGACCGGGACUGCAGCUGGGGAAGGACCCCGAUCCUUCCCCUCCUCCCUUCCUCCCCCCCCAAUCCUUUCUGCAGUGGGGGAUGCGUGCUCAUCCCCCCCUCUCGCAGCAACCCUCCCUCACUUGCCCCAAAUCUCUGCUCCUGCGAGGUCUGUGCCCCCCCCCCCCCCCCCCCCCCCGCGCCUUUUCUUCCCUGGGUGUUGCUGUCUCCUGUAUCCCCGGUCUCCACUCCAGAGCAUCUACGUGCACGGCUCUGCUCUUACCAGACCCCUUUCUUCCACCCACCCUUCCAUCUCUGCUUCCAGGGGUGCUGCUGGCAGGGUGCCCCUCCCCGCUGUGUAGAUGAUACCCCCCACCCCACCCCCCCACCCCAUCAGCAGCAUUCA